AUGGGAGAAGAAAAAAAAGAGAAAAAGGAAAAGAAAGAGAAGAAGGAGAAAAAAGAAACCAAAGAAGAAGAUGCCGCACCAGCAGAAGAUAAAAAAGAGACCGCAAGCAGUGGAGGCGGUGGUGGUAAACGAGCUCAAAGAGCUACUUCAAAUGUUUUUGGCAUGUUCCCGCAAAAUCAAAUACAAGAAUUCAAAGAGGCCUUCACAUUAAUCGAUCAAAAUCGUGAUGGAUUUAUUGAUAUUGAAGAUUUGAAAGAUAUGUAUGCAUCAUUAGGUCGCACGCCAACUGAUAAAGAAUUAAAAGAAAUGUUAGAUGAAUCACCUGGUCCAUUGAAUUUCACGAUGUUUAUCAAUUUAUUCGGUGAAAAAUUGAAUGGUACUGAUCCGGAAGAUGCUCUACGCAAUGCAUUUGCAAUGUUUGAUCCAGGGAACAAACGAUAUUUAGAAGAAGAAUAUAUUAAAGAUCUUUUAGAAAAUAUGGGCGAUAAUUUCUCUGCUGAAGAGAUAAGACAAACAUGGAAAGAAGCUCCAAUUAAAGAAGGGAAAUUGGACUACGAUUCGUUUGUAAAUCUCAUCAAGAGAGGUAAUCAAGAUAUUUAA